UCCAAAAAACUGAAUCAGACUGGAGAGUUGAGAUCCAGCAGAGCUUUGCCGCUGCUUUUUCCUCUCUUCUUCAAUUCAAUUCAUUUCAUUUCAUUUCAUUUCAUAUCAUUUUCGACGUAAUGAAGAUGGACUUCCAGAAUAAACAAUGGUUUUCUCAUUGAGUUGAGAUAGUAUGUGACCCGAUUCUGCAAAACCAUUUCCAUGGACGUGGAAAGAUCGUCGUUGUGCAAUUGCGUCGUUAACUUUUUGCUGGAGGAGAACUAUGUGUUGACAGCAUUUGAGCUCCUCCACGAGCUUCUCGACGAUGGCCGGGAUGCGCAGGCCAUUCGCCUCAAGGCCUUCUUCUCCGAUCCUGUUCACUUCCCUCCUGAUCAAAUCUCCCGCUUCAAUUCUCCUCGAGUUGCAGAGCCUCAAACUUUGUUGGAGGAGAAAGAAGCAAUAGCAGAAAAGUUAGCUAUCAGCAAGUAUGAGCUGCGCUUAGCUCAAGAAGACAUUUCAAAGUUGAAGAUCGAAUUGCAGAAAAAGAAGGAGGCCCGUUCAGUUGUGUUGAGUGUAGAUACAAAGGCUGAUUCUACAAUUAGUGGUCGGCAAGAGGCUUAUGAAGAAAAGAGGGAUGGCUUCUCUGAUCUGGGUCCACUUAAAGGCAAUGAACGUCAAGAUCUUAAUCGUGCUGUGAAGGAAUAUCUGCUUAUAGCAGGUUAUCGACUUACUGCAAUGACAUUUUAUGAGGAGGUUACAGAUCAAAACCUUGACGUUUGGCCUAACUCACCUGCAUCUGUAUCAGAUGCCCUGCGUCACUACUAUUAUCAAUAUUUAUCCUCCACCACGGAAGCUGCUGAGGGAAAAAAUGCAAUGAAUCGACAAAACGUGUCUUUACUUGAAGGAAACAAGGAAUUAUAUCAUGAAAAGGAAAGCUUUCUAAGAAACAAAGAUUUUGCCGAGAGUCAGAUAGGCGCAUUAACAAAGUCUUUAGAAACUAUGCAGAAGGAAAUUAAAGAUAAAGAGAGCCUGGUACAAGAUUUAAAGAAAUCCUGGGAGCACCAGAGAAAGGAACUCAGUGACUGUAGAGCUGAAAUUGCUGCACUAAAAAUGCACAUUGAGGGAUCUCGUUCUAAUUUGUACUCAGCUGCCAAUGAUGUGGAUCCUGGCCAACUGCAGUCCUCUGAAACUUACAAGGAGGAAAUAAAGUUACUGCAAAUUGAAAUUGAGAAUUUAAAAGCAAAAAAUAUGAAUGCUUCAGAUCCUGUAGAACCAAUUGUUUCCAAGGAAGUGUCUGAGAAGGCAGAAGACAAAAUUGUUGAGAUACAUGAAGAUAAAAACAUUUUAGCUCAUGUGUCAGAUGCAGGGAAUAUAGCUGUAGAUAAUGGAGAUGCUCCGCCAGUGGCUAUGCAAACUUCUGGUAACAACAUGAGCAAGUCCGAGGAGUUUAUCCAUGAGCUUUCAGUACUUUCAUCAAAUAGUGUUAAGUGCAUGGAAAAUAAAGAAAGUGUCUCCAACCAGAAGGGUCAGCAACUGGCAGAAGACAAUGUGAUACCCGUAAAAGCAAACAACCCAUAUGAUGAAGCUGUUCUUGAAAAGGGUUUGGGGACCAUUCAGAUACUUGCAGAUGCCUUACCAAAGAUAGUUCCUUAUGUUUUGAUCAAUCAUCGUGAGGAGCUUCUUCCCCUUAUAAUGUGUGCAAUUGAGCGUCAUCCGGAUAGUUACACCCGGGAUUCCUUAACUCACACUCUGUUUAAUUUAAUCAAACGUCCAGAUGAACAGCAAAGACGUAUCAUCAUGGAUGCAUGUGUUUCCCUUGCUAAGAGUGUUGGAGAGAUGAGAACAGAAACGGAGUUACUCCCUCAGUGCUGGGAACAAAUAAAUCACAUGUAUGAGGAGCGUAGACUACUGGUUGCUCAAUCAUGUGGGGAGCUAGCAGAAUUUGUCCGGCCUGAGAUUCGUGAUUCUCUUAUCCUGUCUAUUGUGCAACAACUGAUUGAAGAUUCUGCAACUGUUGUGCGGGAGGCUGCUGUUCAUAAUCUUGCUAUGCUGCUUCCCCUCUUUCCAAACAUUGACAAAUAUUACAAGGUAGAGGAGAUGAUGUUUCAGUUGGUCUGUGAUCCGGCUGGUGUGGUUGUGGAAACUUCAAUGAAGGAUCUGGUUCCUGCUGUUGUGAAGUGGGGAAACAAGUUAGACCAUGUCUUAAGAGUAUUAUUAUCUCAUAUUUUGAGCUCUGCUCAGCGGUGCCCACCUCUUUCCGGUGUUGAAGGAUCACUUGAGUCUCAUCUUCGUUUUUUCGGUGAACGGGAACGCUGGAAUGUUGAUGUUUUACUAAGAAUGCUGGCAGAAUUGCUUCCAUUCGUGCACCAUAAAGCAAUAGAAACUUGCCCAUUUUCUUCCGUAACACAAACUACAGGAACAAUGAUUUCAACUUCUGUGCUUGAACUGUAUGCAGGGGGAUGCAUUGAAUGGCCAGCAUUUGAAUGGAUUCAUGUAGACUGCUUUCCUGAUCUAAUUCAGCUGGCUUGUUUUUUACCUCAGAAAGAAGACAGCCUAAGAAAUCGAGUUACCAGGUUUCUAUUGGCUGUAUCUGAACGUUUUGGUGAUUCUUAUUUGACACAUAUUAUGCUGCCUGUAUUCUUGGUAGCAGUUGGGGAAAGUGCAGAUUUGGCAUUUUUUCCUUCAACUGUUCAUUCAAGAAUUAAAGGUCUUAAACCAAAAACAAUUUUGAGCGAGAGACUUGCAACAAUUUGUGUUUUGCCACUUCUUCUAGCUGGUGUUUUGGGUGCUCCUAGUAAACACGAAGAUUUAGUGCAGUUUUUGAGGAAACUAUUAGUCGAAGGCACUAAGGAGGAGAAUCCGUCAGCAAAUCGAUAUAACGAGAUUGUUGAUGCAGUCCGCUUCUUUUGUACAUUUGAACGGCACCAUAGUAUGAUUUUUAAUAUUCUGUGGGAGAUGGUUGUUAGCUCUCACAUAAAUAUGAAGAUCAGUGCAGCCAAGUUGCUCAAAGUUAUUGUACCGUACACUGAUUCAAAAGUUGCUUCUGCUCACAUUUUGCCUGCUCUGGUUACUUUGGGAUCAGACCCGAACUUCAAGGUGAAGUAUGCAAGCAUAGAUGCGUUUGGGGCUGUUGCACAACAUUUUAAGAAUGACAUUAUAGUGGAUAAGAUAAGGGUUCAAAUGGAUGCUUUUCUCGAAGAUGGAUCCCAUGAGGCUACAAUAGCUGUGGUCCGUGCAUUGGUGGUGGCUGUUCCUCAUACAACAGAAAGACUUAGAGAAUAUCUUUUAUCCAAGAUCUUUCAACUCUCAGCCGCACCCCCUUCAUCAAGUGCAUUGAUGCGUCGCCGUGAGAGAGCCGAUGCAUUUUGUGAGGCAAUUCGUGCUUUGGAUGGUACAGACCUAUCGGCAACCAGCAUACGGGAGCUAUUCCUUCCUACCAUGCAAAACCUUUUAAAAGAUUUAGAUGCUUUGGAUCCAGCACACAAGGAAGCUCUUGAAAUCAUAAUGAGGGAGAGAUCGGGAGGAACUUUUGAAACCAUCAGUAAGGUGAUGGGUUCACAUCUUGGAAUUGCUUCAUCAGUGAGCAGUUUCUUUGGUGGUGAUGGUGGGCUGGGAAAGAAAGAACCUUUGGAGCUAUCUCCAACCAGACCAGUUGAGCCACCAAAUCCUGCGCCACCACCAGCAGCUGAGGACACUAGGUUCAGGCGAAUUAUGCGAGGAAGUUUCACAGACAUGCUCCGAGGCAAAGUUAAAAGUCAGGACGAUUCCCAGAUCCUAUGAUAUUGGACAGACUUCUACCAGGCGCCAUUCAGUGAAAGGAAGAAGGAAACAACACUAUCCUAAGAAGUGAGGAUCUCCUUAUUACCUUAUAAUCAGCUCUUCUCCUUGCUAUACCCAAUAUCAUCAAACUUAUUAUUGUCAUUGCCUUCAUGCUAACAAGUAAUUUACGAUGACAAGUAAUUCGAUGUGGUUUUACUCUCAGUUUUGUCCAUUUGACUUGAUAGUGAACUUGAUGAUCCUUCUGUUUACAUGUUAUGUCCUGAUACUGUGCACAGCUUGCCUAUAAACUGAAUGAAUACAAAAGAUUGGAUGAGAGUUGAUCAAUGAUAAGGAUGGAUGCUUAUCAAAGUUCAAAUGAAUUAUUUGGACUUCAGUGCUCUCAGCACUUAUUUUGAUUAAGGAAGAUCAAGGAGGAGUAGGCCAACAUUUGCAUAUUCUUCAAAAAUAGUUCAAUGUGAAGGGAUGAUGGGCUUUGCUUCCAGUGUGAGAGCGAAGGGUGUCUCACUGGUCCAUGUUGGCUUUGUCAAUUCUACAGCAACCACCAUCACUUUAUCCUUUUAGUCCUCAGUUUUGAUCAUUUCAGACUAAUAGAUUGUGGUGUUGAUUGGUUGUUUGCAAUGUACAAAACAAAACAAAGCUGUGUAAUUCAAGGUUGGUUUCUUUUGUAAGUUCGAACUUAGAUCAUAUAUAGGUUUUAAUCUCUUGCUCCAAAUAAAUGUUGAGCUAUAUUUUUUUUUA